AUGUUGAAACCAGACUGGCAAGCACUCAUUCAGGCGAAGCGAGCCGAGCGUGACUCGCGCAUACCUGCAGAGUGGCGUUUGGACAGCAGCAUCACCAGCCAGGCCCAUCGUGAAAACCCAAUCAGUGCCUUCGACCUCCUCGAUCAGACGAACCUCGUGACCAAGAGCGAGCGCACAAUCACGGAGAAUUAUGAUGCUACGUCUCUCCUUGCCCAGCUGGCCUCUGGCGCGUUGUCUUCCUUCGAAGUGACCUUAGCCUUCUGCAAGCGCGCUGUAAUUGCCCAGCAGUUGAUCAAUCCCUUGACAGAGAUGUUUUUUGACAAGGCGCUCGAGAGAGCAAAGGAGCUAGAUGCCUAUCUUGCCCGAGCGGGCAAGUCUAAGGGUCCGUUCCAUGGGUUGCCCAUCAGUCUCAAGGAUAUGUGGAUGGUAAAGGGUGAAGCAGCUACUCUGGGCUUCGUUGCAUAUCUGUCCAAGCCAGUUGCAGAGGAGAACUCGCCCAUUGUUGAUAUACUUCUCGACGGCGGCGCCGUCUUGUACUGCAAGACAAACGUUCCUCAGGGCUUGUUUGUUUUCCAUGGAGGACGAAAACAACGUAUUUGGCGUAACUCUGAACCCCCACAAGCUCACACUGGGGGCUGCUGGCAGCAGUACGGGAGAGGGAGCUUUGAUCGGGUUCCGUGGCUCACCCCUUGGUCUAGGCACCGAUAUUGGAGGCUUUAUCCGUUCACCGUCUCUCGUCAGCGGCGCGUACGGAUUCAAGCCAACUGCAAACCGGGUCCCCUUCUCGGGUCAACCGUUUCACUUCCCCAAGGGAUGUCCUGGCAUCCUUCCUUCAGCUGGACCACACGCCAAGCACUAGCAGUCCCGUGGGCAGAUGUCCCGAAAAGGAAGCUCAAAAUCGGAUACUGGGAGGGCUCACCUCAAACUCCUGUAUUCCCUCCUAUCCUUCGGGCCCUCCGGAAGGCCGCUGAGGCGUUGAAGGCUGCUGGCCACGAGGUUGUUCCGCUGUCCACGCCCGCGGGAGGCGGUACACUCGACUGUGCCGGUAUCUAUAUUCACUCUCUCGGCUUUGACACAAACGCGACCCUUAUGCAGUUCCUUGACGACGCCGAAGAGGAGAUCCUGCCUGGGAUGAAGGAUCUUAAGGAGGCGAUGGCGGGUGCGCCCAAGAGCACACUUGAGGACGUUUGGCAGUUUCAUGGCAAUCGCGGCGAUUAUCGCCAGGCGUGGCAUGCCAAGUGGGCGGAGACCGGCAUGGAUGUCCUGCUCUGCCCUGCACACCAGGGAACCGGCAUGCCUCAUAAUGCCUACGGCCUCCCAGUUUAUACCAUGAUCUGGAAUCUUUUGGAUUGCCCCGCAAGUGUCAUUCCCUUUCUCAAGGCCAGCAAGAUAAUUGACACAGACAAAGUUGAAGGGUAUGACGCGGAUGUUCUUGAUGGUGCGCCGGCCCAUGUCCAAGUUGUUGGAUGGACCCUCCGCGACGAGGAGGUACUGAUGGCUACGGAGGUUAUUGAUGAUGUCUUGAGGAAUGUUCCUGAAGCGGAUCUCCCUCCUUUGUACUCCUCACUAUAG